AUGUUGGAUCUCACCACGGAAUUGGUAGCUCAGGCAGCAUCCAACUCUCUCGUCAUCUUCUGUUUCUGCAAUUUACUCAUAGUCAUCAUCCUCAUGGCCCCAAAACCCAGCUCGAAUUCCAAAGAAGGCAGUGAGUUUCAUCUUCCAAUUCUCACCCACGUCAGUGAGAUAGACGAGAAGAGAAUAGACAUUGAGCAGCCACCCAAACAUGAGGAGACAUCGCCACAGGUUAUGGAGUUAUGCAUCAGUGAAAACUUAGAAAUGGAAGGCAGGAGCUACAACAAUGAGUGUGAAGAUGAUCAUGAAGAUGAUGGCGAAUGUAAUAAUGACGACGAUGAUGAAUUGAGAAGAAGAAUUGAAGCUUUUAUCGACAAGGUAAAUAGGGAAUGGAAGGCAGAGAAAUUGAGAACACACUAUCUAUGUGAGCAAGUGGAUUUGUGAGCCCUUUUUGCACUAAGUUAAAUAAACUCGUGCUGGAAUUUGAUUCCCAAUCUUUGUCGUAACUAUGAU